AUGUUGGAGUUGUAUAGAAACAGCAAGGAUAACAUAUCAUCGCCUGAUGUAGUGAGAAGUCUAAUACCCAAGGAAACAGAUAACAAUGAAAUCCCGGAUAAACACAUCUUGGAGUUUGAUUUACCCUCUCAAGACCCCGACGAGACAUUCUUUGGUGCCGAUUUAAAGAUUCUUACCAUUGUGAACACCAAUUUUACUUAUGUGAGAAGAAAUCUCAUUUUAUCCAUUUACAAUGAUACCAUGGGUGAUUUUUUGCAUUACCAAGAGGUGGAUAUAAAUCACUGUAAUAAUACCUGGAUAAAUUUCGACCUUACAAAACCUUUGGUUGAGAUUGUAGAUCGAUCAAAGGUUUUUAGGGUUCUUAUAAAGGUGUCAACGUAUGUACCACAUGUUGGGAAGCAUUUUAGACUAUCUAUACAACCUUUGAAGGGUAAGUUGGAUCAUGAAUACCCAGUAUUGAUGCUUUACUACACAUCGAGAGACAAAUAUGGCAAAAACACCAUAAGAACCAAAAGAAGUAUGGAUUAUGACUACGAAGAGGAAACGAAUAAUGUAUGGGAAGACGUUAAGGUCAAAAGAACCAAACGGCGAAACAGCUGCAGAAGACGUCCAUUGUAUAUCAAUUUCGCUGACCUCGACUAUCACCUUUGGAUAAUACAACCAUCUGGGUAUGAGGCCUACCAAUGCCAAGGGCGAUGUUUUUACCCAUUCAGCGACCAUCUAAACCCAACGAAACACGCCAUUUUCCAAGCACUACUCCACAGUUUAUCACCUACAAAAGUCGCCAGAUCAUGCUGUGUACCCACGCUGUUAGACCCCAUUUCAAUUUUAUACGUGGACAAUAAUGGCGUGCUGACCUACAGGCUGGCCUACAAAGACAUGGUUGUGAAGGAAUGCGGCUGUAGAUAG